UCCAGCUCCACCAUCCGCCAUCGUUCUUUCUCAGACUUGGACCACUUCAAAAAGUUCAGUCCCACCAACACCACACAUCAACCUCUCUUCCUCAGUCCUCACCACCACAACCAAAAUGAAAUCCACAACCACUACCCUCCUCACCGCGCUUAGCGCCCUCGCCGUCUCCCCCGCCCUCGCCGACUUCGACGGCUUCUUCCGCUUCAUCGGCGGCAACUCCAUCAUCUCCGGCGAGCGUCUGCGCCUGAACAACUCGAUCCCGUGGAUCUCCCCCGGCGUCUCGCACGCUCCCUACAACCCAGCCGACCACUACUCGCGGAUCUACAUCAACGACACCACGCCUUCUCUCCUCUACGUCGUGCCCACCAACCCCCACCCUCCUCCGGUGCCCGGUUACUACGCGCUCUCGGGCACCGAAGGCGUUCCUGAUGCGUAUAGGCUGGUGCAGACUUAUCGCCCGGAUGAGGAGGGGAGCGUGAAUCUGUAUAAGGAGUGGAAGGUUAAGAAGGCUUGUGACAAGGCGAAGAAUGAGACGAGGGCCCUGCUGAGGUAUGGCGAUGAUUUGUAUGGCGAGUGGAGGUGGAUUGCGGUUAGGGAGAUUGGGUAUACGGGUGCGGAGCGCUGGGUGCCUUGGUGGGUCAAGCCGAGUGAGGCCAAUAUUGGUAACUUGACGGCGUGGGAAUAUGAUGUUGCGGAUUUGGAGCUGGUGAAGGCGGAGGGGCCUGUGAACUCGAAUGCGCCGGGUGGUGUGGAGGAGAACUAAGGACUGGGCUUGGAUUUGGGGAGUAGAGGAAGAGCACGGUUUGAGGAUGGGAAAGGAAGGAAGGAAGGCCGGGAAAGGCCUGAGAGGCGGAGGACUCGGGGUAACGGCAAUGGGGUGAGUGCCCCCGGGGAGGAAAUAAUUGGG